UUCCCAUUCAAAGUUCUCCCGUGCCUUUCUGGACUCCCUCCACGUUAUUUCACUCGUUCCCGCCAAACUCUCCAUCUUGGAAAUUUGGAAUCCCGUCGCGUCCGAUCGUAGUUCCGGCCACCGAAUUCGCAUUUUUUUUGCUGGCAAUACAUCGCUCAAGAAGCCACUAGGCGCGACGGUGAUCGGACGUCGGACUUUCUGAUCGCUGGUUCUCAUUUCCGUCAUGGAAGCUUCUCCAUGAUCGAAGAAUCCGAAGGGAAGUCAAAUCCGUGCGAGCAGCGAUUCUUCCGAUCGCGGAACACCUCCGUGUCGCUUGCGAGGGUUUCUUUAUAAAGGAAGGAGACUGAUCCGGGACAUUGAAGAGCAGGAGAUGUUUUCGCGAUGAGGAUUCCCGCUUCUUGGCGGUAAAAUCAAUCAUUCGCAAGUAGCUGUGAAGAAUUUGAAAAUUGACGAGGAAUAUCAGCCAUAUAAAAAAUCAACAUGGAUGCCAGUGGUUCUCUAUACUAAGUUGGCCAUUCAGGAGUCCCGUUCUAUUCCUCACCGGUUUAGCAAAAAUAGAAGAUACUUGACUUAUUUUAUCAGUAAGAUGGUGAAGAGCACCUGCAUGUGAGAUAAAGAGGAAGAGACAUGAACAGGUUGUGAGUAGAUUAUAACUCUCGGUGGGGCCCUUGAUUCUUUUACUUAUGUAUGAUUCGUUGUCCAUUUCCUUAAUCAUUUUCACAAUGUUGUUCGGAUAGAAAGGUGGAUAUUUGGCAUAUUUCACUGAGUUGCUGAAGGACCUGAAAUGGAGAUAGAGAGGAAGAGACAUAGGCUGCUUGAAAAUGCUGGUGCCGGCCCAAGCUUCAGUAGUAGCUAUCAUUCUUGUAAUCAACACCGUAAAAUUUCAAUUGGUGUCACAGUUCAGGAAGCUUUGGCAGGAAUAGGUUCAGUCACUAAAAUGAAGGAUGGGACUGGUGCUUCACAUGCAGAGAAUAUAUCUGGUGAGAGGACCACACAAGAAAAUUCAGGAAAGUUAAGUUUCAAAAUUGGCCAAGCAGAAACUAAAAUUCAGAAAUCAGGUGCAUGGGUUUCACGUGCUUUUCAUAAGAAAAGAAAAUCUAUAGAAUUCUAUGCCAAUAGGUCGUCAUUUUUUCAGUCUGAAAAUGGGAUGUCAAAAAGGGUUGGCUGUGUCACGUAUUCAAGAAAGAGCAAGAACAAUGUUGGCCCAGAUAAGUUAGAAGAGUAUGCUUUUGCAGCAACGCAAGAAAUGUGUGUAACAAAUAAAAGGGAAAUUAACAAUAAAAUAGUGGUGGAAAAAGAUGGACAACUCCAGACGAACCAAUGCAGUGAAUCUUUGAGAAUGAAGCUGUGGGACAUACUCCAAUCAGCUCCAUCACAGGCAGAAGACAACAAAUCAGUUAAAAUUCCCAAAACUGAUCAAAAUUCUGAUACCAUUGAGACUGAUUCUGAGAAGCCAAUUCUCAAUUCCUGUAGACCUGUCACUUGUUCCAUAUUAGAAAGGAAUUCAACCAACAAAUUUCUAAGUAAGCAACAAAAACUCAAAAUUGGGCAUCUUCCUCCAUGCGUCCAGCAGAAAAUUCCAGAGAAAGGUGUCUUCAGGUUUACUGGAGAAGAAGGGCAAAUGUGUGCUUCGGGCAUGAAUAGGAAUUCGUCCAGCUUUAAAAGGAAGUCUAAGAGGAAGCACAGUCUCAUUGCACCUCGGCGAAUUCAAUAUUCACCAGAACCGAUUCUUGAAGGUAAACCUGAAGAAAAUCCGAAGCAUGAAAACCUGCAGUCACCAUUGCUGCCACCCCAUGAAGCAACAAAGGCAGAAAGUUUGAGAAGUCCUCUCCUAGUAACCAGUGGUGAUGGGGUGGUUCUAUCCUUUCCAAUGGAGACGAAAGAAAAAGAGAAGGCACAGACUGUUGUUCCUAAGAUGUUGCCAAGGCAGAGUAUCAGUGACAAAGUUGUUGAGGGAACACCAUUUCAUCAAUGUGAUGUCAACGUGGUUCAAAAUUCACCAGUCCCAAAUAAUGCAGAUGUAGAAGAAGAAAGCACCCAUAGGUCGUGCAAAGGUGUUGUGAAAGAAAAACCUGAAAUCAAUGCAACUAAGGAAAAUAGGUUCUUAAGCUCACAGAGAUCACCAAACCAUAGGUCUGAUGUGGUUGAAAAUUUUCCACUUCCAAAUGACGGAGCUGUAGAAGAAAGUGGCUUUUGUCAAUCAUGGAAACGUGAUGCAAAGAAAUUCCAAACUGAUGCUACUGAAAAUGAGAAAUUUCAGAGUCCACAGAAAUCAACAAUACAUAAAUAUGUUGGUGUGCUUGACAAUCUGCCAAUUCUAAAGGAUAGAGAUGUCGAAGAAGGUUGUUGCAAUAAAUCAUGGAAAUGUGAUUUAAACAAAGAAAAGCCACAAAUUGGCACAACCAAGGAAAAUAGAUUCCAUAUUGAACAGGGAUCACCAAUGCAUGGAACUGAUGUCGAGUUUGAAAACUCACCAGUUCCAAAUGAUGCAGCUGUUGAAGAAGGAAGCUUAUGCAGAUAUGAAGUAGACAAAGAAAAUCUCCAAACAGAGGUGUCCAAGGGAAAGAGUUCUCAUAUCCCACCAUUGCGUGCUGUUAACUUAUGCCUUGAUAGUCCAGAACUCCCUCAACACAUGACAAUAUCAAGGGGAUUCUUUCAUCAUAGAAGGCAUUCACAUGCAUGUGUGGCAUCCUCUGAUGAUACUACAGAGGAUAGAGAAAAUUUCUCUGGGACUUCACCUAUAUUUCAGAAGAAAGAUGUGGCGGAGAACUCUUCUCCGUCUUCAAUUGAAAAGCAGAGUGAUGAACCCUUAGAGCAUCAUAUGACCAAAGGAGAGAAAUGGACGCCAAAAUGCCAGCAAAAGCCACUCUUUCUGCUGCAUCGCAGCACCAGAGUGCAUCGAGAAAAAAUUGCCAGAGCUCCAAGCCCUGUUUUGCCAUCCAUGAAGGGAGAGGAAAAUUCUCAACUGGAUAUUGGAUCUCAGCAAAGUGAGGACGCACUAGCAAGGGCCAUCGCUCAAUUUGCUUCAGGUUUAGAAAAAUUCAAGAUUAGAAUGAAGUCUCAUACACAGAGAAAAACCUCGGAGAUCCUCUCAGUUACAAUUGACAAAAUUCAAGCACAACUACAAAGUGUGGAUUCUCAAAUACAUACAGAACUGAACAAGCUUAUCAGUCUGAGCAAUUCCAAGAGGAGGAGGUUAGAAACGAGAUUUCAAGGGCAACAAGAACGGCUGCAAACAAUACAGGCAAAAUUCAAGGAGGAAGUGAAUAUACAUCUCCAAGAAUGCAAGAACUUGCUAGGAGAGAUAGAAGCAGAUCAGUUGGAGCUAAGGGCAAUCUCGGAGAGGCAAAAGGCAUCGCACAGAAAGCUGCUCUCACAGGUGGAGGAAGGGAUUCAAGCUCAAUUGGACGACGCUGAAAAAAGAAUCGGUACCCUACAUAAGGCAACCCGCAAAAGGAUGCAAGAGUUAAACCGUGCGCUUAGUGGAGCGUUUUAGAUGGGGUCUAUUCCGUUGAUGUUCAUGUUUGGGACCAUGCAUGAGCUUGAACGUGGACCUCUUUCAUGCCAGAAUGUAGUCGUGGAGAUCAGCCUGCCCAUGGAAAGGUAACAUCGCUACAAUUGCAUAUAUACCAUAUUAUGCCGGCAUGACUUCUUUUGUUCCACUGCCUCUUGAGGGUUACCAUUCUUAACAUGGGAUGUCGGUUUCGCUGGACCCUUCGGUCGUUGAUAAGAGAUUAUGUAAAUUACGUGAAUGCUCGUGCAACAGCAUGUCACGUAGAACGGAAGUGGAUUUUGAUCACUUCGAGUAUUUUCUUCUUCCUUCUUCCUACACCAUGCGUGGUCUGAUACUGAUAAAGGGCAGAACGACAGUCUACUGAAAAGAUGUAAAAAUAUCUUCCCAUUUCAAUGAAAC